AUGUCCGUUGUCCGGGCCGCCUUCGACCUAGGUUCCUCCCACCAUAAGCUCGUCGUCGCCCUGACUUCGCCAAACGCCGCCCCAACCAUCCUGUUGUCCACCUCCAUCCGCGUCGCCUUAGCCGAUGCCCUCUCCGACACGCGCCAUCUCCCCCCCGCUGCCCUGCGCGCCUCACGCCUCGCCUUCCACCGUCUGCACGCCUUAGCCCUUACCUAUCGCCCUAGCGCCUGCACUGCCGUCGCCACCGCCGUCUUCCGUACUGCCCGCAACGGCCAUCUGUAUCUCACCUCGCUUCCGCUUCCUGUCCACAUCCUUGACCCCGAGACCGAAGGCGCCCUCGCCUUCGCGUCGGCCAUGCUUGCUUAUUCGCCCUGCGCGUUCCGACAUGAUGUCGUCGUGUGGGAUUCGGGCGGUGCCAGCACCCAGUGGGCGAUGCAGGGGGACGCCGCAUUUCAUGUCAGGGCAAUUGCGCUGGGGAGCAGCUCGGUUCGUGCUGUGUAUCGACGAGACAGGUCUGUUUGCGUUUUGAAGGAGUACAUUGCACGUCUUGCGGGUUCGCCGGGAGAGGUUCUUGCUUCGCGUCUGGAGAGGGGGGCUGUCGUCUUGGGGAUAGGGAGUGAUGCCAGUAUGUUUGCACUAGCAGCGAGUAGAAAGGGUGGUGUGUUUUCGCAGGCCGACGUCUGGCAGGCCGUCGACGAAAUCCAGAGUCGAGGAGAGGAGAUGGAAGAAAUCACUGUCCUUCCAAAGCUCGUUCUUUUGGCAGAGCUUAUGGUUCGCUACCGCAUUCCGAGGGUGCGCUAUGUUAAGGGCAAUGGAAGCUGCGUUGGCCUCUUGGCGAGCGCGGAGGAAAGGUUUUGGGGCAAGUGGAGUCAAGACUUGGGUAGCGCUCACACCAGCGAAGCGCCUCUUAUCAAGCCUGAUGUAAACUCUUCGCUCCUUCAUGCUAGGCCGCGAUAUUCAUCAGAACUAAGCGCCGUUUCAACAUUUCAAACGUGA